GGGCUGGCGCGGAGAGUGGCAGCUCCUUAGGUCACCGCUUCCGCUAGCGCUGGUGGCCUAGCUCCCUACCGCUGCCCUUGGUCGUGGGUCGUGCUCGGCACCGGGCUGCAGCUGCCACGAUGACCUUGCUUCAGCUUGUGCGUGAACACUGGGUUCAUAUACUUGUCCCUGUGGGAUUUGUCUUUGGAUGCUAUCUAGACAGGAGGGAUGACGAGAAGCUAACUGCCUUCCGGAAUAAGAGUAUGCUAUUUCGGAGGGAACUGAGGCCCAAUGAAGAAGUUACUUGGAAGUAAAGCCUGUGGCUAAAUCUCAGAAUGUUCACAUUUUAAAAGUCAUUGGAGAAAUAAAACAUUUAUUAUUUAAUUGGAA